UUGAAUUUCGUACGUAAAGCCAGCCGGAGGAGCAGUAAUCGAAAGGGAGCCAUGUUGGUCAAGGUCUUAAUGCUCGCAUUGCUCGCGGUCCUGAGCCAGGCGAAGCCCCAGCUGCUGGUCACGACGCCAGUGAGUUAUGCCACCGGAGCGGGAGGCGCUUGGCUGGCUCCUUCCUCCGCCUACUAUCCAUCGUACGCGUAUGCCAGCUAUCCGGCCUACGCGGCGUAUGCGUAUGCACCGGUUUAUGGCGCAUACGCCUCGUAUCCCUACUACCCGUAUCUAAGGCGGUGAAUCUGAUGCCUGUUGCUGUUGUCCUUUCAGAUAGCUAACUUAUGCGUUCAGUGAAUUUGUAGUUAUUCGUACUACAAGGAGACAUGGGCAUUUCGGAAUGUUCCACAAAUUAUAGGACGUGUAAUUUAAUUAAGAUAUGCAACGUUUUAUCUUAUUUCAUCUAAGUAAAUAACUUCUUUUAAGGUUUUCUUGUUGAACAAUGCUGUUAAAUUUUCUGACAUGUAAUCUAUAAUAAAGCUCAAUAUAAAGUGCUUCAAACAAUCA